UGCUGCGUCGCCCUCGCUUUCCCCAAGCAAAGAUGGAAGUCGUCAAUCAGCUUGUGGCGGUUGGACAGUUCCGGAUCCUCAAGGAGCCCCUGGGUUUUGUAAAGUUGCUAGAAUGGUUCUUUUCCAUUUUUGCAUUUGCGACGUGUGGCAGCUACACUGGACAAUUCCGCCUCAGCGUCAAUUGUCCUAAGAAAAAUGAGAGCAAACUCAAUAUAGAGGUGGAAUUCUCCUACCCCUUCCGGCUCCACCAGGUGUAUUUUGAUGCUCCCACCUGUAAAGGAGGUGAACAAGACAAGGUUUUCUUGAUUGGAGACUACUCUUCCUCUGCUGAAUUCUUUGUCACCAUUGCAGUCUUUGCCUUCCUUUAUUCUCUAGCCGCGACUGUUGUCUACAUCUUCAUGCAGGAUAAAUACAGGGAGAACAAUAAAGGUCCCAUGGUUGAUUUCAUUGUGACAGCUGUGUUUGUGUUCAUGUGGUUGGUGAGCUCUUGUGCUUGGGCCAAGGGGCUUUCAGAUGUCAAGGAGGCCACUGACCCUGAUAAUGUGAUAGAAGGCAUGUCUGUGUGUGAGGAGCCAGAGGUCAAAUGCAAGGAGGAAUAUGAACCCAUCACUUCUGGCCUCAAUACUUCUGUGGUUUUUGGCUUCCUGAACUUGGUGCUUUGGAUUGGAAACCUAUGGUUCGUCUUUAAAGAGACUGGAUGGAGUGCCCCCUUCAUGAAGUACCCACCAGCCCAGGAGAAGCAGCCAGCACCUGAUACCUAUGGAGAUAGCUACAACCAAGCUCCAGGAUAUGGACAACAGGACACAUAUGGGCAGCAGGGUGGCUACCAGCCUGACUACAGCCAGCAAGGCUAUGGUCAGCAGGGAGACUUCGGCCAGCAAGGUGGUUAUGUCCAAGGCGGGCCCACUUCCUUUGCAAACCAGAUGUAGGCGGGUUCCUACCCCCAAAUAGAAGGCGUUGUGAGAAGGAAGCAGCCAUCCCGUCCUGGCUCCCCAUGUCCCUUGUGCGGGGGAAGGGAGGGCUGGUGGGUGCUCAUACUGGGAGGUGGCUGGUGGAGCCCUCCCACCCCCCCAGGAUGAAUGUAGAUGUUUGUGCUGUUUAUAUAUACAUAUAUAUUAUAUAUAUAUGAGAAACUAUAACUAGAGGUAGACCGCUCCCUCUCCCACUGCCCCAAUGCCUCAUGCAUAACACACUUCUCCACAUCAUUGCCCUCCCCAGGACAGUUUCUUGACCUUUGGCCUCUCCAGGCCUAUCUCCUACACUCUCCAGCCAAAAUGGGUUGUCAGAUCUCCUCCUGAAGUACCCUUUCUCUCGCCAUUCACUUUGAACCUCAUCCCAUGCUUUCUGUAUAGUGGAAGGCAUCCCAGGACUUCAGUUUUCCUUUGAACCUCAUCUGAUGCCAAGCUUUCCUCACUCUCUCCUCUGCAUGUCUCUAAGAUGGGCCGGAAGAUGGGCCGGAAGGGGAUGAGGUGGAGGGCAAUUGGGUUGUUCUUUUGAGUGUGCAAAUGCCAGGCAGGUUUGGGGUUUGUUUGGGGGUUCAAUCCUCUAGCAGCACUUUAAAGUUGUUGUUUUUUUUAACAUACCCUCCAUUCCUGACUUCACCCCAUUGAUCUAUGGGGUAGGAUAGAGGGCAAAUAUAUUUGGGGGAAAUUAUCCCCUGCUUUCCUUCCACGUGGGUCCAGGUAGCUAUAAUGGGCUGUGAGAAUAAUCUUGAGGAUGAGCCUCAACCAAGGCAGGUGCCAGAUAAGAGAAAUCUGAGUCCAAAGCAGGAAUGGAAUUUGAGGAAGCGUCUCAGAUUUUAUUCUCUCUAGUUCUCUUCAGGAUAAACGGCACAGCGGAGGGGAGGAGUCAAGGCACAUUCAGAGUUGCAAGACUGAUCUUAGCUCUUUGAGGUAGACCUGACUUAAAUACCAAAGUCAUGAACACUAAAGCUACUUUUAUUCUAGGGUUACAGUAAGAGAAUCUUGCAACUCUGAAUGCGCCUUCUCUCCCCCCCUCCCAUCACCACGCCUUUAUUCUUUAUUAAGCAGGGAGGGUAGAGUCUGAGAUGCUUUCCCAACUUCUAAUCUGGGCCUAUUUUUCUUGUAUCUGACCAUUACCUUGGUUGCAGCUGUUCUUCCUAUUCCUCAAGGAUAUUCUCACGGCCCAUUACAUCAGGGGAGGAGGGAUGCUAAAAUGGGGAAGCCUCAGAAAGAUCCACAGCAUUGGGGUGCUCAUUAUUGUUUUGAAGGGAUGUGUAUUGACCAUAUCUUUAGAAGGCUGUAGCCCAGUUGGGAGGGAAGAGCAAAACAGGGGUGGGGGACUUAUUCCUAGUGAGCUGUUGCACCAGGGGUCUAUAUUUAAGGGACGGGGAGAUUGCGGGGGAGGCUUCCACUAUCCAUCCAUCCAUCCCUUCCCCAUGCUUUUCCUAAUUUGCAUUCUCUCUCUCUCUCUCUCUCUCUCUCUCCUAAAACCUGUAUUUAAGAUACGGUAAUUUAAUCCAUCCAGACAUCAUACUUAUCAUCGGGAUGGCUAACCGCUGAACCUUUUCAAUCAUCAGGGCUGUCCCCAGUCUGGUUCACAUAGAAGCCUCCAUGCAUGAUUGCCUAUGACAGGUGUAUCGAGCAGCCCUCAGGCUUCAGAAGCCAAUGAGACCUACAUGGUAGCAUGUUCCAAGAGCCCUGUCUAUGCAGGACAGUGGUGGGUUGCCCCCGGUUCAGUCCAGUUCUUGCGAACCGGUAGUAAAACCGGGGGGGAGUCUCCGACCACCCACCUGGAUGUCAUCAUAGACGAUCUGCGCAUGCGCAGAAGUUUCUGCCCAUGCGCAGAAGCUCGGUGCGCACAUUCAUGAAGCGAAUGCGCGCGAUCCCAUUGCUAACUGGUAGUAAAGGUAAGUAGAACCUACCCCUGAUGCAGGACAUCUAUCAGCUGCCAUGCUCUCAGAAAUCACAAAAUUACACAAACCCAAGAGUGAGACAGAAAUCUAUUCAAAUGGCAUCCCUGAGCUCUGCGGUUUUCAGAAAACCACCCACUUGCUGGAUGUUCUCACACAAACCAAGCUCCUGAAGGCCGGAAGCUGUAGAUCAAAUGGGGAAAUCUAAUCAACUGCAAACAUGCUGCAUGUGAAAUCAUUCUGAUCAAUACAUGCUUGUACAAUAUGAUCUGGAGUGCUUGGUAUCAGGUAGUAGCUCUUAGCAUAACAAACAAAAUUGAUUCCGUUUUCAAAUAAAUAUGCAUUAUCAUUCAGAUUCUUUCUCUUCCACUUGCUCUUAAAUUCUCGAAUUCAUUCUGUUAAUCUGAGCCCUACCACUGACUUAUCCCCUUUCCUUAGCCCUGUUACUUUUUCUCAAAUUUAUUCACCAUGUUUACAUUGAUCUCCACAUUUACUCAUUUUUUCCUCUCUAGGCCAUCUCCUAAUUCUUGCUCCUCUUUUUUCCCUUUAAAACCUCUGGCCUCCAACUGCUCCACUCCAUACCAGCCAAAGCUUCCCCCUUCAGCCCAGACCCCUUCAUUCUCCCCCUCCCCACCCCCAGUGGCACUCUGACUAUAUAUUACUCAGUGUCUGUGUAUCUGAUUGUGCCGUAAUUGUGCGUUUCGGUUUGUCCGGCUCUUUGCCCCGGUCGAUAUUGUGUGAUUUUUUCUUCCAUCUUUAAAUGACAAAAAAAAUUAAAACACCAACCAACAAGAACAGCAACAAAACUUCAGAAAAAUAUGCAUUAUUCCCCCAAAAUGCCCCCUUAUCCCCCCAAAAUUAUAGAAAAAAUGGAUAAAAACCAAAUAAAAAC